CAUGGUCUAGGUUGAAAAGGGUGUCGUUUAAAAAGUGAUAUACUACACCUAUAAAAAGACGUUCCGUUCGAAUUGCCUGAUGACAGUUCUAAAUCACUGUGCUGGCUCAAACGCUAGUUGGUAACCAAGGCAGCAUUAUCAACAAUCAACUUAUCGACAUUCCACAGCGUUGCGAUAAAGAGCUGAACAAACUAACGAUUUUAGCUCUAAAACUCAUUUAGUAUUAAUAAUUGAUUUUAUAUUUAUUUAUUUCCUAAGUGACCAUGGUAUAAAAGGGAUAAUGCCUUUCCAUGCGUCCAUUAUCAGAAAUAACUCCGCUUUAACCCUCUCUGAUUGUACUACAUCUCCCGUGUUUCCUACGAUGAACGCAAAGCCUCAUGGGAAGUCAAAACGGAUCCUUCCAUUUCCUGUCAGGCAGACUUGUUUCUACACCGAAAAUAUCUCGAUGUUGCUGGUAGUACAUAUUUAAUGCCGGCAAGAUAUACAAAGCGUGCUGUUUAGCUUUAGCAUAACGAAAUAGUUCUUUUUCGACAUCGUUUCUGAUGCAGAUAAACUACUCGCUGCUAGAUGGUGCGCAGCGCAACCUUAAAAGGGCAACCAAAGAGUGGCGUGUGGGACCCGCCUGAUCACACCAUACCAGUGGAGCGCAAUUGACCAUUGUAGGUGAGAGGCGGUUACCAUGGCAUCCUCUAAGGAUGCUGUGAGGCGUCAGAGGCGGAGAGAGCUGGACGCAAGGCGGAGCAAAUCACGCGUGCGGCUGGGAGCAUGUCUCCCACACUGGGGUAAACUGAAGGACAGCCUGGGGUUCACGCUGCAUUCAGAGCUGGCUCAAUAUCUACUGGAGAGCUACAUCUCUAAGGCGUCCGCAAAAUGCUCAUGCUCUAGAGAGGAGUCGGCCAUCAUGGCGUCAGUGGAGGCUCUUCACAGGCUGGUGCUGCUGGUCCACAGCCAUGGGCAGCACUGCCCGCACCCCCCCUCCCUCCAGCAGGGCGCGGUCACUGCAGGGUCCACCCCGUGCCCAGAGCAGAGCCGGGCGCCGCCCAGCGGGACGCCUGAGCUGGGCACUAACGCCAACGUUGGGUCAGAGAGUGGGCCCACGUCCACGGGAGUUGGACCGGCAGAAUCCCCGGAGGUGAUGGAGGGGGAGCUCUGCCUGAGCUACGCGUGCGAGAGUGGCCAUGUUUUCUCCUGGAGCCCAAAGGCAGCACCACUGGGGGGCGAGGGGAGUGGAGGAGGAGGGGGGGCCACAGGCGCGGACACGAGUCUCACUGCAGACGCCCCCAGGGGCCCGAGUCUCACUGCAGACGCCCCCAGAGACACGAGUCUCACUGCAGACGCCCCCAGAGAGGGGGGGCCGAGGGCAAACGGGGUGGACGAGGGGGGGGCCAGAGUGGACGAGGGCUCUGUCAUGAGGACCAGGAGUCGCACGGUGGCGGGGACAGAGAUGCCGACGUCGCAUCAGGCAGCGCAGGGGGCAGAGGAGGGUUCAAGGGGACAGGUGGAGCGCCCAGGUCACACUGCAGAGGAAGCAAGCACCAGAGAGGGCAGUGGCCCGGUGGACACAGACGCAGGAAACGUUGCCGUGCCAACAGGAUUUCCUCAAUCAUCACAGCCCUGCACUGAGUCAGCCACACUAUCUAAAGUGGCCAAUGUGACCCCUAAUAAGAGGACAGACCCUUCGGACCACAGCAGCCUGGCUGCAGGACCAGUCUCUCGCACCACCAGGACCAGCGUGCCAAGCGACGAGGUUCCUCUAACUGGGGGCAAAAGGAAAAGGAAAGCAACCCCCAAAGAAAUACUGCUGUGCACCUAUGAGGGCUGUGAAAAGAUCUUCUCCAAUCGACAGUACCUCAACCAUCACACGAAGUACCAGCAUGUCCAGCAGAAGACCUUCAUCUGUUCCCACCCGACCUGUGGAAAGUCCUUCAACUUCAAAAAACACCUCAAGGAGCAUGAGAAGCUGCACAGUGACCAGAGAGACUACAUCUGUGAGUACUGUGCUCGAGGCUUUCGCACCAGUAGUAACCUGCUCAUCCAUCGACGUAUCCACACAGGAGAAAAGCCACUACAGUGUGAGGUCUGUGGUUUCACCUGCUGCCAGAAGGCCUCACUGAACUGGCACAUGAGGAAGCACAACGCGGAGAGCUCGUACCAGUUCCCCUGCGACAUCUGUGGCCGCCGCUUCGAGAAGAGGGACAACGUCACCGCUCACCGGAGCAAGAGCCUUGUCAUUUAUGUGCCUGUGUGA